AGUAUGACUAUUCUCCACACUUCUCUGCACAAUUUCCUGUGGUAUUAAUUAUAGGAAAAUUUAUCAAACAAUUAAGAGCUUACAUCUUUUCUUAGUGAUCGUUUCCUUUAUUCUCAUAACCUUAAUGUUUGAUUCAGAGGUGAUCCUGUAACGAGAAAUUUUAUGGAAGUCACUUAUAUGAAUAAAUCUAUCGCAUGCCUCUGGUGUUACUGAAACUUGGUGAGGAUGAAUCUUUUAGUUUAUUUGAUAAUCAGGAGAAAAGAGUUUUUGAUUUUUUUGGCGUGUUUUUUUACAGGACGGAGUAUCUCUCCACUUCUCCUUUAUUUGGAGAAAAAAAAUGCCCACAUUUGCCGUCUCUUAAUAAUCAAAAGAUGUUUGAGCGUCCUUCUUUUCAUCUCAUGUCUCCGAGGUGCGUCAUUAAUAGCAGUCAUUUGUUGGAAGCUGGUGAUAUUUACACUUUGAUCAAAUGGCCUCCUAACUAACACUCAAACUCCACAGUUUAAUUUCUCUCAGCUUUCAAUGAAUGGUCAUAAAUCUGUUUAUGUACACCCAAGGGUAAUGAUAACUCCCCUGCGGCACGAUCAUGCCUCAUUAGCAAAGCUUUACACCUAAGUAUACCGUUACCCGGGAAUCCUGGAAACUUACUGCUUUCCAUAGUGAACAGAAGACAAAAUGAGAAUGCUAAGUCAAAGCUCUGUUGAACUUAUAUCACGAGUCGAUGUCAACGAGGUCGAGGUCAUUCGCCUUUUGGGAUCAGGUGGGUUUGGUUCUGUCUUCGAAGCUAUGCACAAGAACUGCAAGGUUGCCAUGAAGAGAUUUCACACCAACACUCGCAACAAAAAAGCGGCGAUGCAAAGCUUCGAGGCUGAAGUGCACCACGAAGUCUUGUCACUGAAACAUCCAAACAUUGUGCGAGUAUUGGGAACCAACGCAGCGCGCAGCCUUGAAGAACAACCGUUUAUAAUCAUGGAGUUUGUCAGUUCAAGAAACUUGCAACAUGUGCUGGACGACGCGGAUGAAAAAGUCGAUUUUAAACGGCGCGUCACAUUUGCAUACGAGGUGGCGCUUGCCUUGGAAUAUGUGCAUGACAAUAACAUCGCACAUCUCGACCUAAAACCCGCCAACGUUCUUAUAGCUCCGGAUGGUAGCUGUAAACUCGCCGAUUUUGGAUGCUGUCAGAUCAUCCAAGAACGGCCCAAUACACCGUCACGAUCGUAUCUCACCGGAACAUAUGCCUACCGGGCUCCCGAACUCCUGAAGGGGGAAAGUCCCACCUUCAAAGCUGACGUUUUUUCCCUAGGAAUCUGCUUGUGGCAGUUUUGGACCCGUGAAAUUCCGUACAAGCUACAAAAUCAUCAGAUUGUGAUCUUCCGAGUUGUUGCCUGUAAUCUGCGUCCAGAGAUCCCUGAGGGAAAUGACGUAGACAACCGGUACAGGGAGCUGAUGACGUCAUCAUGGAAUGGCAAUCCCGAGGAAAGGCCUUCUAUGACCGAGGUCGUAAACUUGCUUAAGUGUUUGAUUCCUUGAAACUUGAAUG